GUGCCACUGUCCUUUAGGCCCCCAAAUAGUAGGGAGUAGAGUCACUGGGAUUCCCAGCCCCAUCACCCUGAUGGGGCCUGCACGUUCUCCCCUGGCUCCCAAGCCCAGCCUCCCAGAUGGGCACAGAUGGACUCGAAAGCAUGUGAGCGAGUGCAGUGGGGUGCAGGGCACCUGAGCCGGGAGUGGGCAGCUGGUAGGGUCAGGCACCUACACUAGGGCUCCUGCCCUUACCUGGACUCCAAUGUUCACGUAGGAGGCCAAUGUGAGGCCUAUUUCAGGGGCCAUUGGCUUUGGCUGCAACAGGCAGGUGGGGCAUCUGUCCCCUUCUGAGCCCCCACCAGGUCAACUGCUGUGGGGCUCCCCCACACCUGAGGAGAGGCGCAUGUAUGGGGGAUGGGCAGUUGGCACAGUCCUGGGCUCACGGCCUGCAGGCCGUUCAUUCGUUCACUCAGCGCUAGAAGCCCCGAGAGCUGGUGAGGUCAGACGUUAGCAAGAGGAAGACCUAGAGCUGUGUUAGGUGGGUCCACAGAGGAGGACCUCGUGGGGCCUGGGAGGUGAUGUGAGGGCAGAGGUCCUGGCCAGGAACCCGGGCACGAGACCCCAGAAGGAGCUGGCUGCAGAGAGAUGGGGAGGGGCCCCCAGUUGGCCUCCGGGGACGUGGCCUUCAGCCCUGGGCGUGACAGGGGCAGGACUGGCUGAGUCCACUGACGUCCCUCCAGGGCAAUGCUGAGCCCGUCCGGAGCCCGGGGUCCACUUUCUGCCCAUGCGGGAACCGCAGCCUGCACAUGUCCCAGUCUCUCCAGCGUCACAGUCCCCAGUGGACGGGGGUGGGGCAGCAGAGCAGCAGACAUUACCCAGCACUGGGCAAGCACGGUGGGGGGACUCAGCCCUCACACGCCCAGGCCACCUGGGUCCCAGAUGAGCCCGGAAGGGCUUCUUUGUGCAGUGGCCAUUCUGUGUGUCCUGGACAGCACUUGGGGGCUGAAGCCCAUUCUGUCCCAGUCCUGGGGUGGGGGGACCACAGCCAGAGUGGGCCUCGGGGCUACAGUCCUCUCACCUGGCCAAACACAGCCUCUGCGUCCAGCCCUUGGGGACUCAGGACCCCACGUCUCAGAGCCACAGGACAGGGGUGGGUGGCUCACUGGGAACCUUGUGUUCUCCCCAGCCAAGUCCCAGGGCGGUGGGGGCCACACGGUGGAAGCUACGCUCCCCUCACAGGUGUGUCUGCGCCAGCAUCCGAGCGGACACACUCGCGGUUAGCCAGGUUAGCCCGGGGGUCCACCAACACAGAGGACGUGUGCAGCACUUGCACCCACACGGCACAGCUGCCCACCCGCCGGGAUGAGGGAUGAGCAGGUGGGUCACCAGGUCCUGAGCUGCCAAGACCCCAGUGCCCAGGGCUGGGUUCUGCUCCCUAGCGGGGAGGCCUGGCCGCCACCCCAGAUGGCACAUUCCUCAGGUCUUCCCUUUGCCUCUGGGCGCUGACUUGUCCACCGAGGAGCUCAAGUGACCUCAGAACUUGAACAUUCCCAGGAGCCCUCAAGGAUGUUCUCAGAGCAGAGGCACCGAGGACACUUCCUGGAGGCAGCAUGUGACCCCGAGUCACGAUUCCCUCGGGAACCAGAACCCCGUCAUGCACAAGCCAGGCCUAGGCCACACAGCAGCUCCCCACACCGAGUCCCCAGCCCCCUCCUUGGGUCCCUCGCUCCUCGCCGGCCAGCACACCUCAUCGCAGGCGCUGGAUCCCCCGGUGGGCUCGGCGCAGUUGGAACAGCGCACGCUUGCUGCGAGGGACACAAGCCCACUACCGGCUGGACCCCAGCCCCAGCCCCGCAGCCUCCACCCAGACCCCGCCUUAGCCCCAGGCCUUUGCAUCUGCUGGGUCUGGGGUCUGCAGGGGUCCCACACUGACCGGAAGGAAGAUGUCUGGCCUCCCUGGCCGUGCUGGGGGCUUCCUUGGGCUCCAGCGCCCUGAAUUCAUGUGUGUGACUGAGGGCACCCCCAGGAGACGUUCACCCAAAGCAAGUCCUGUGGCCAAUCUCACCCCUGACUCACGCUCACCCUGACUCCGCCCUUUGGGGGUGCCCAGCCCUGACCUUUCACCCGCCUCCUGGGACCCAGAGCGGGGAGUUCCCUCAUGCGGUGAGCACUGUGCUGGCACACGCCGGGAAGCAGGCUGUGUGGGUAAAGUGGGCGUGCUGCUCGGACGGGCCCUUCUGGGAGCCCCCCCUAAGUACUCAGGUGCCACCAGGACCUGGAACAGGGUUCACGAGUGGAUCUGGUUGUGAAAUGGCCACUCCAGCAUCCCAGGGGCUGCUAGAGGAAGGGUUUACCUGGGCACCCAGCACCCCCAGACCUGCCCCAGCCUCACCCCAGGCUCGGAUCUCUCACCUCUGACUUCCCGCCCUCCGCUGCCCAGCCUGCCGGGGCGAGGACAGCAGGCCAGCCAAUCCCAGAGGCCCCAGGCCACACCCCUGGCUGGUAUGACCCUGAGUGUAUAAAUACACCUGCCGGAAGCCGACUCCCUGAGAAUUCACACCUGCUCUGGACAGUUCUCGGCCUCUGGAAGCGCGCACACAGCCCCCUGAGCCCCGCUUGCCUGGGACAGAGCAGAGGGCACACCUGCCAGACCAGUGCCACCAGGAAGUACAGCGACUGGCAGCCAGCCGGGAGGAGGGUUGCGGCAAAGCAGCUCCCGCUGGACAGAAGCGUUCAGAGCCUCACAGCCUGGUGGUGCCCAGCCUCGAGGACCAUGCUCAGGCCUUGCUGACGACCCCAGCCCCCAGCUCAGAGUCAUGUCGUCGGGCCAGCAAGUGUGGCAUACGGCCGUGCCAGCCCCUGGUCGCACCAGCCCCAUGGCCCCUGUGCCCGGGUCCCCCAGCACCCCUGGCUCGGAGAAGGCGGCCUCCCCGCUGGAGUGCUCCAUCUGCUUCUCGGGCUAUGACAACAUCUUCAAGACGCCCAAGGAGCUCUCCUGCACACACGUCUUCUGCCUGGAGUGCCUGGCACGGCUGGCGGCCGCCCAGCCCACAGGCCGGCCCGGCGGUGAGGCUGUGCCCUGCCCCUUCUGCCGGCAGCCCACGGCGAUGCCGGCUGCCGGGGCCCCAGCGCUGCGCACCAGCCGCCAGCUGCAGGCCAGGAUGGCGGCACACCUGCGGCGGGAGGAGCCCGUGUGGCUGGAGGGCACUAAGCUCUGCUGCCGCCCGCCGCCCGCCACCCCUGGCCUCCCGGCGCCUGGCUUCGUGUGCGUGGAUGUGAGCCUGAGCAAGCCCGCAGAACCCACUGCGCCCCCGCCCGCCCUGCGCCCUGCCCGCCCCCGGGGCCGGCUGGCCCGCUGCUGGGCACGCUGCAGGGACUGGAGGCGGGUGGCACUGGUCACUGCCCUGCUGCUGGUGCUCUUCUGUGUGGUGCUCUGGCCCGUGCAGUGCGCACUCAAGACCGGGAAUUUGCGCUGCCUCCCCCGGCCGCCUGCCACCGCUGCCACCGCCGCCUUCUCUCCUGGACCCCUGGCCGACAACUAGGCUCGGCCUCCCUGGCCCCAGUUCUGGCUGUGGGUCCCCCACCCUCGGCUCUGGUCCCAGGUGUGGCAGCUUUGGGACCCAGCGCCCCAGAGAGGCCCCAAGGUCUCUGAAGACCCCGUAUCCCAUUCAGCUCACCGCCCCCCUAUGCUGUGUGGCUCGAUCUGGAUGGACGGACAAAGGGGUCUCUGAAGCUCCCAGGAAUCAUAGACCCCCCUGGGCGCCAGAGACCACCUUCCUACCCCAUCACAGAGAGCCGGACGGCUCCUCACACACUGUGAAUCACCUGCACUCGCGGCCCUUUGCUGAGGGAGGGUGCUCCCCAUUUCUAUUCUAUUUUCACAUUUCACCCACAGCUCCUUCCCCAGACCUCUUCCCCAGGCAGGGCUGGCCCCUUCCACUGGGUGAGGGAGCUAUUCCUGCCCUCUGACCAGGGGGACCCAGUCCUCCAGGGCCCAUCCAGAACUGUACAUUUUUAAAUAAAUUAUUUUGUA